GGUGUGGGGCUGCGGGCAGGCAGAAUGGCGCGUGCGGAGAGUUUCAAGACGGUGCUGAUCUUGCUGGUCGCGCUGGUCGGCCUUGCCUGUGUGGAAGCCACCACAAGAUCCCCCAAGGUGCAGGUCUACACCCGCUACCCCCUGGGCAGCAGUGAGCCAAACUUCCUGAACUGCUUUGUGGAUGGCUUCCAUCCCCCGAAGAUUGACAUCCAGCUUCUGAAGAACGGGAAGCCCAUGGAGGGGAUGAUAAAGGGUGACCUGUCCUUCAAAGAUGACUGGACUUUCCAGCGUCUUGUCUCUGCUCCCUUCACCCCCAAUUCGAAUGACAUCUACUCCUGCAGCGUGAACCAUAUCUCCAUGCAGCAUCCCAAGGAUGUCAAGUGGGACCCAGAUAACUGAAUGUCUUCCUCAGCCAAAGAUGGUCUUGAAGUUAUGCCUUGCACUCUGAAAUUGGCUUCAGCCCUAACCUGUAGUCCUGUCUCCUUGCACCCAACUACUUGAUAUUUGAAAUGAAUACAUAUAGCUUUGUAACUAAUACUGAAUUAUUUUUUCUGAAGUGGGAGGGGGGAGAGGGUCUUUUUGAAGUGAAAAUUUGCUAGCAUAAACUCUGAUCUGGCACUUAGUUGUGUAGAGCUAAGAGUUGGCCUUUUGGUCAAAUUCACUGAGCUUUCUGAAGAGAGAGAGAAGCACUUGGCUACUAACAUGGUGAGCGCAUUGUAGACAUUAGAUAUCUUAGUUAUUAGGUUAACACCUACAAAUACAAUACAGGCUUCUUGCUACUUGAAAUGAUCAGUUACUUUAAAAUAAAUCCUGAAAUCAAAAU